AUAAUCGAUCCAUUUUUGAAUUAGCGUACGCCAUCUUUUAUUAAAAAUUUUAAAAUAUUGUAAUUUAUGUCCUUUCCAAAUCAAGCACAUAUGAUCCCUCAAAUGAGUUAUAUGAUGCCACCCGGUAUGUCAAUGAUGCCUAUGAAUAUUAUGCAAGGAGUAUAUGUACCCCCACCUUCUAUGGGAUUUCCAGGUCAAAUGCCUAACAUGAAUCAACCCAUGCAAUCAUAUGUAUAUCCAACUGCUAGACCAACUCUUACACCUUUACCUGUUGUCAGUCUUCCUAUACUUGAAAAAUUGCCUGCUCCAUCAUUAAUUAAAUCUAAUCCCACUACAACAGUAUUUGUCGGUAAUAUAAAUGAAAAAGCCCCUGAUAUGCUAGUCAGAAAUAUUUUGAGCAAAAUUGGAAACAUUAUUAGUUGGAAACGAGUUCAAGGAGUAGGAGGAAAGUUACAAGCCUUUGGUUUCUGCGAGUUUGAUGAUCCAGAAGCAACCCUCAGAUCCAUUAGACUGUUGCACACUUUUGAUUUGGGUGGGAAAAAACUUAUGGUAAAAGUUGAUGCCAAGAGCAAGGAAAAGCUCAGAGAGUACCGACUCAACAAACGCAAAGAUGGCGGUUCGCUCAAUAACAGCGGCGAUAGCAAGGCGGAAACGGACGAGGAGAUUUUCAAACCGGACGUUAACGCCGUCAAAAGAGACAACAACAUAUUGCACGAGAUCAAAAAGCUCAUCAAAGAAAACGCCCACGAAUUUGUUAAGACCGCCGAGGAUGAGCUACAAGCUACCAAAGAAAAAUUGAAUAAAACUCAAAAAAUUGGGAAUAUUGCUUUAGACGAAGAAAAGACUGACGUUAUUUCCAAAGAAAUUUUGCGCUUCAAGGAAAAUAACAUGAAGGAUGAAAAAUUCCGCGAAAAAAUGAGGGAAAAAGGGCGCGAAAAGAGGGAACGAGAAAGGCAGCUCAAAGGUAGCCCUUCCGAAUCCAAGGAGGAAGGGGUGGACAAAGAAAAGAAACCAUCUGUCAUGAGGAGAUACAGGCCCUCGAGAUCUCGUUCGGGCUCCCGUAAAAGGCACAGGGCCAGGGAGGCAAGCGCCGAGAAAGAAAAGAGGGAGCGAAAGUCUGCCAGCGUUAAUAAGGAGGAAAAGGAAGCGGCGGAAAAAGCUCGGGAACUGAGAGAGCAGAAGGAGCGAGAACGGAUUCGAUUGGCCGAGGAGGAAAGGGAGAAGACGUACGAACGGCGUAAGCUCGAGCGCAAAUUGCGCGAAAAGGAGGCGUCUUACCAAGAGCAAUUACGAGGCUGGGAAACUCGUGAAUCCAAGAAAUUGAGGGAACACAGGAAGCAGAAACAGUACGAAGAAUAUCUCAAGGAAGAGGAACUCACCGAAGCUAAAAGGCUCAAGGAGUUCCUAGAAGAUUAUUUGGAUGAUAGGGACGACGCCAAAUAUUACAAGGGUUCAUUUCUCGCUCGCAGGCUUAAAGAACGGGAGAAAGAGAUGGAGAUGGACCUGAAAGAUAGGCAGAAGGAGAAGGAAGAGAUCGAGGAGAUUAAAGCUAGGCUCAGGACAGAAUGUCAUCCCAAUCUGGAACUAGAAAUGGCCAAGCUCGAAAAAAGCCGAUCCCAGCACCUCAAACCCCAGCUCAGAAUCGAUAACGAAAACCGCGGUAAAAAUUCAGUCCAAUCUUCCCCGGUUAUUCUUCCACCCUUAUCUAAAAGAUCAUCCAAGAAAUCCAGUCGGGAAGAGAAGAAAAAGAGGCACAAGAGGAAGCGUAACACCGAGACCAGAGGCGAUAGCAUGGAAGUAGUCGUGAAAAUUGAGGAGAAUCACAAAGCCGUGGCAAAUCAUAACGACAUCUCUACACCCUCAUCCCCAGAAACUAAAGAACAAAAUCAUACCAAUUUUGUGGCAAUAAAAUCCGAAAUCAUUAUCGAAGCAGAUACCGUCAAAUCAACCGGAGAUUCAAAUACCGCCGUAGUAGAAACCACUACCUGUUAUAAGCCAAUAGGGUUUAAGUCUUUACAGCUAGGAAAAAAUAAAGCUAAUGUGGACAACGUGUUUGGCGAAGAAGAAACGGAUUCCAAAAAGAAACUGAUCCCCCUUGACGACGAUACCCAAUCUAUCACCCUUGACCAAUCAAAUGUUUUACCCAAUCCAAACGCCUCUCCCGAUUCGGCCAAUCAAAAUUCUACUACAGGAGCCGUAUCUGCCUUGACGCUGGAAGAGAAGAGGCAAUCGAUCAAACGCCUCAUCGAAAAAAUUCCUACAAAUAAAACUAAGCUUUUCGCUUACAACAUACAAUGGGACCUGGUGGAUAAUAUUUUGAUGGAGAAACGUAUUAAACCUUGGAUAAACAAAAAGAUUGUCGAAUACAUUGGCGAGGAAGAACUGACUUUAGUGGAUUUCAUCUGCUCAAAACUCCUGAACAACAAUUCCCCUCAAUCCAUACUAGACGAUAUUCUCAUGGUUUUGGACGAAGAGGCGGAAGUCUUUGUCGUCAAAUUAUGGAGGUUGCUCAUUUACGAAAUUGAAGCUAAAAAGGCGGGACUAUUGAAAAUGGAAUAAUUGCAGAAAACUAUUUUUAUUUUAAAAUAUUUUGCUAAUGUAUCGGGCUAGAGUAACUCGUGAUUUAUAUAUAAUAUUUUGAUAUGGAAUUUGUAUUUAUUUAAAGUAUCUGAUAAUUUUCGAACGAGCACAAUGUUUUGUUAUAUAAU